AUGGAUAGGAAAGUGAUUGAAAUGAACAGAGAUUUGGAGGACUCAAUAAUUCAAUUGGAGAUGGAGCGCGCAACGUUCUAUUUGCGAUUCCAAAAUGUGCAAGAAAUGAAAGAGGAAGACCUGGGAGCCAUAAUGGCACAACUGAUCGCAGAAGCAUUGGAACGAGACCAACAAGAAAUUACAAGACAAUUGGAUGAGGUCCACAUGAACUAUGAAGGCAAAACAAACUGUCAAGGGAGAUUCAUGGGUAUGUGGUUGGUCACAGUUCGGCAUAUUAUUUAUAAUAGUACAUGGUGGGAUGAGCAUCUUUCAGAAGAAAAUGUUGAGUUCCUUAAGAAACUUUCAACAGAAGAAUAUAAAGCUCAAACUGCUAGUAAACUUUGUCCUCUAAAAGAUGAACCUUGGCCUCUGCACCCAUGGGAGCCAGGUUCUAAAAGAGUCGGUAUUAUUGCAGUAAAGUUGGGAAUGAUGCCAUUAUGGACUAAGCAGGGUAAAAAAAUACCUGUCACGAUGCUUCAGGUUCAAGACUGCCAUGUUAUAAAAUAUAUACCCAAAGAAGAAUUUGAUGGGAAAACUCCCAGUCUAACUGUUGGAGGGAAAAAUGUGUCUGAAUUCCAUAGAAGUUCUUCUGUCAUGGAAAUGAACAGAGAACUAGGGCUCCCACCAAAACAGAAAACUUCAAUAUUUCGAGUAUCACCUAAUGCUAUCAUUAAGCCAGGUACACCUCUAUAUGCAGCUCAUUUCCGCCCUGGGCAGUACGUGGACAUCACUGCUAAAACAAUUGGCAAAGGUUUCCAAGGUGUCAUGAAAAGAUGGGGAUUUUCUGGCCAGCCUGCUUCCCAUGGCCAAACUAAAACACACAGACGACCUGGAUCAAUUUCUAGUUCUGGUGUUGCAAAGGUCUUCAAGGGAAAGAAAAUGCCAGGACAAUUAGGAAACUUCUAUCGGACAGCUAAGGGUCUAAAGAUAUGGCAAGUCAAUGUGAAGCACAAUAUUUUAUAUGUACACGGAAGCAUUCCUGGUCAUAGAAAUUGCUUAGUAAAGGUCACUGACACAGUUUUGCCAGCUUACCAAGACAACCUUAAGAAUCCUCCAUUUCCAACAUUUUUUGCUGAUACUGAAGAGCUGCCUGAUGAGCUGUAUGAUGAAGAGCUUUUUCAGUUCACUGAACCCUCCAUUGCACUCUCUGAGUCCUGAAGAAUUAAUAGUUAUUCUCCCUUCAGUCUUCAGAACUAAACAUGAAGCCCUCACUGAAGGGCUUCCUUAAGAUGGCAUUUACAUAAUGCUGGAUCUUUAUUGAUUUUCAGAUCCACUACUAAAUAAAAACAGUUAUUUGAAACUGAAGAGAAGCAUUCAGUAACAUUUUAA